AGGAGGAGGAGGAGGAGGAGGAGGAGGAGGAUGGGCCUGGGAGGAGGAAAAUGCUGUAGAGAGGCUAACCGUUGGAAUGAGGCAGUACGGAGGAGGAAGAAAGGAGGAGGUGAUAGUGAGGCUGAUAAGAGCAGACGAGGAGGAAGUGAGGAUGGGAGGACGAAGAGGAGAAGAAGAAGAAGAAGAAGAAGAAGAAGAAGAAGAAGAAGAAGAAGAAGAAGGGCAUUGUUCUUUUCCUGUUACUGCUUGUUCCUCCCAUUCUCCUCCUCCUCCUCCUCAUCCUGGUGUAUGUUCCUCUCAUUCUCCUCCUUCUUUUUCCUCUUGUUCUUCUUCCAGUCCUCCUGCUCAUAUUUGUUCUUCCCACUGUCCUCCUCAUCCUGGUGUCUGUUCCUCUCAUUCUCCUCCUCCUCCUGCUUGCCAUCCUCCUAUUCCCAGUAUGUGUUCUCCCGGAUCUUCUUCCCAUCAUCCUUCUCCUUGCCCUUCUCUUCGUGUUCUUGAUGUGCAACACGUAACUGUCCUUGUUCCUGAUCCAGCCAGGGACCAAGGUAAGACGCGAGAUAGAGGAGGAGGAGGAAGAGGAGGAGUAGGAGGAAGGGAAGAGGGAGCGUUUAUCCAGGUGGACAAUGAACUCAAGUAUUUGGUGGACGGCGUCGCCAUACACAUGAACGAGAUAAUAAAAACAGGGGAAACCGAAAUAAGAUAUGGGGACAUAAUAGAUGACAAGGGAGUCUCCACGAAAAAUUAUAUCGUUUUUGAUCCACCACACCUAGAUUUUAAAGAACAUCCGACAGGCAUGCCGCUCAUGAGGAAGGUGGUGGUGCAGAACAGCAGUCCAGACACCAGUGUACAGCUGCACUCCCUGUCUGGCAACACGCUGCACUUCCAUUGCACCUUCUUCCAAGACAAGGUCGUGGUGCCCGGGGGAAACACCUCAUUCGACGUGGUGUUCCUGGGCCGGGAAGAAGGCCUCAUUGAAAACACCAUCUUCAUACACACGUCCAUCGGCACCUAUAAAUACGGGGUGCGAGCGGUGGGCACCAGUAACCCCUACAGACUGCGGCCGCUGGUAGGGGUUAGAAUGCCCCUCAACUCCUCCUACUCCCCCCUAAUCCAACUCCACAACCCCCACCCACACUCCUUGCAGGUGACAGAGAUGUACAGCACUGGGGGAGACCUGCACCUGGAGCUGUUGUCUGGCCUGCAGGAGGGACAGAAGGCCAUGUGGAAUAUCCCACCCUACCACACACAGCCGCUCAUGAGGGCAAACUUUGUGGCGCGGCGAGAGAAUAACCACACGGCCUAUGUCAGGAUUGUGACGAGCGAGACAGACAGCGACUAUCUGGUGGUUCCUGUGGAGGUGGAAGUGUCGGGUCAGCCUGGCCUCUUCUGUCCCCACGACGGGCUCCACUUUGGCCUGCGCACCCCCCAUGACCCUCCCACCACCCUCCCCCUCCACCUCCUCAACUCGGCUCACAAGCACAUUCAUAUUCAAAACGUGAUAACCACCCCAGUCAAUGAGGCGAUAACCAUUGAUUUCCGGCCCAUGAAAAUACCCCCGGGCACUGUCAGGCCGACACAAGUGGCCACUGUCACCUUUGAUCUCUUCAGACACCACUUAAAUAAACACUUCACUGUGUACUUCUUGUCCACCACCACCACCACCACCACCACACUCACACUCCCUCCCAACAGCCUCCAAAGUGACCAGCGGGAAGAAGGUGUCGGGCAAGAUCCUGGUAAAGAGCAAAGUGUCGGCGUACAAGCUGAGCGUUCCCUUCACUGUGGACCUCCUGCAUGGGGCACUGCUCUUCAAUACCUCCAUCACCAAGUUCUACACAGGCACAGAUCCCCACACCCCAGAGUCAGGUGGCGGGGGGCGCUGACACUUGGGUCACUGGCAGAGAGGGUGCUGGGAGGGGAGGUGAUUGGUGGGGGUGGAGGGAGAGAAGGAGAGGGAGGCGGCGGAGGCACCAGUCAUCCUAGCCGGGAGCCUCGCAAUCUCACCCUCACCAACACCUUCCCGUGUCCCGUCGUUAUCUAUAAUCUGACACUCCCUGAUGAGGCCAGAGCACACUUUGAGGUGGGAUGGGCGGGGCCGGUGGUGGUGGGGGAGGGGCAGAGUGCUCACGUGGCGUCGCUGCGGCUCCUCAGUGUGGGCACGGACGCCAGACUCUCCACCUCCCUCACGGUGCACACCAAUAUCACCACCAUCAAGAUUCCCCUUAUCGCCUACAAUGGAAAGCUCACCAAGUACAUUCCACCGCUUGGUGGUGAUUCCUGGCUGGACUUUGGGACACUGGGGAUGGGAGACCAGCGGGACCUUUACUUCUACGCCAUCAAUGAGAACCCGGUGGAGCUGCGGCUGUGUGGCUGGGGAUCCAACCUGACCCGGAGUGCGGUGGAGCUCAUGGGAGUGGAGGAAGGGAACAUCACCUCCAUCAGGACCCGCAGCAACAUGACCUAUGCCUCUAAAAGUCUAUUCCUGAAGCCGAACCACUAUGCAGUGUUUCGAAUUGGAGUGCUCACGCCGGACACAGAGGGAAUAUUCAUCGCAGAGUCAUACGUACAGACACAGUUUGAGCAGAUCAAGAUUCCCUUCAGAUUAAGGACAGCAGACGGCUCACUCAGUGUCGUGCCAAACACCAUUGUAUUCCAUAACUCAUUCCCGGGUAAAAUCUCACAACAAAACCUUCACAUCCUGUCCACAUUUGGCCACUCCAUGACGGUGAAGGAGGUGAAGCCGCUGCCAGGGGACAUACGCUUCUCAUAUGAAUCUAGUCGGUCUGGGCCGGCCACGCUGCAGCCCGGACAUAAGAGUCACAUUGGUCGCCUGGUGUUUGACCCCAAGCUGGAGUGUGGCUCAGAGUGUUACACAGGCUUUCCCCUUACUGGCAAGAGUGGGCAGCAGUGGGUCAACACACUGUCCCUCACUUCACAUGUGGCCGAUACAGACACCUCUCUCUACUCCACACUGCGCAGCCGUUACCUCAACCUCUCUGCAGGAAUCUUUAACACGUCCAUUGUCCUUCACACGUCAGAGGUCCACGGCUUCCACUUCACAGUACAGGCUGCAUUAAAAUGGCCCAUGCUGUGUUCCCCGUCCCACCUCACGUUCCCACUCACACAAGUCUUCAACACCAGUGUGCAGGAAGUGUUUGUGGAAAACCCUGCCAGUGUGCCGGUGGUCGCUCAGAUCCUGCUGCUGCACCACUACCCAGCACCACAACACAUCCUGUCCAUCAUACACCACCAACUGCCAAAAGACCACACACUGCUGGGGGAGGAGGGUGGAGGGCUGGCUGGGAGCGACGUCUUUUCUCUAAUCGAUGUGGACAGCAUCAGUGGGAGUAGUGGCAGCGGCAGUGGCACCCGGGCAGCUCACAUGCCUCCCCCGGCACCAGAGAUAACGAGUGGCCUGGCCCAGCACCGCCGCAGCCUUGAGGAACAAUUCAAGACCAGGGUGGCCAAAGACAGUAUUGCCAUCACCCUGGAGCCCGGUGUCAAGGUCAAAGUGCGUCUGUCCUUCACGCCGCCUGAUGAGAGGACCCACACUACUGUUCUGCUGGUCCGCAACAAUCUGACAGUUGUUGACACAAUGCUGGUCCAGGGCCGUGGUGGGAGGGGCUUCCUCAAGUUUGGCAAUCGUAAGCCUGGCUCGGCCCUCCCUCUGGCUUUCAAUAUUGGGGCCAAACACUUAAAGGACUGUGAUAGUGGGCGCAGCAGCCGUUACUACCAGCCAAACUUCACAGUGAAACGUUCAUUUGUGGCGCGCAACACAGGGGAGCUGCCGGUGCAGGUGUGGGGCUUCAGGGUGAAUGAGGCGCAGUGCGAGGGCUACGGCUUUAAGGUGCUGGACUGCCGGGGCUUCCAACUGGCACCCAACACUAGCCACAGGGUGGAUAUUGCCUUCACCCCAGACUUCACCCUGGCCAAGGUGCAGCAGCGCCUUGUCAUCCACACUAGCCUGGCUGAGGCGGCGGGCCAGGCGGGUCCUUCUGGUCAGGUAGAGUACUCCCUGGUGGCCACUGUGCCUGCCCAACUGCUGGCCGAGUGUGGGGCAGCCGUGCCCCGCCCCACAUGGGAGGCACCACUCUACUAUGCAGUGGUACUGCUGAUGGUGGCCAUGCUUGGGGGGGCUGUGGUGCUGGCUCUGCUGGAGGCUGACCACAUCCUUAAGAUCACAGUGGUGGCCAUGACCACCACCAUGCCAGCCAACGGCCAUGUGCCACCCUUCGACAAGACCAAAGUAUUUGAUCUCCAUGCCAUUGGUCAGUCUGACACCCGUGGUUCCUCCACUGGACUCAGGAACGACUAUGCUAAUGGCCAUGCUGUGAUGGAGCGACCCAGGAAGGCCACAGCCAUGCAGGAUGUGGUAGCUAAUGGCCGCAAGCCUGGCUCUGGCGGCCGCAAGACUGGCCACAGCUCGGCUGCCUCUUCAAGUACAAAGACUCGCUGCCCCCGUCAGGCAGACUCCAAGGUUGCCAGUGCAGACAGCGGGCUGCCCUCUUCCCCCUCGGAUCAUGUGGCCGCCCACAAUCAAACUAAAAAUAGUAACAAAAACAAAGGAAGUCAUUAUAUCAAUAACAGUAACAAUAACAAUAACAUCAAUAAUGUCAAUAAUAACAAUAAUAAUAUCAAAGGAAACAACAAGAAUAUUGAGUCCAUGUCGUGGACGAGAUUCUUCCAGCGAGCGGUGGGCAAGGUGGAGGGUGGUGGUGGAGAGGGACGUGAGGCAGGCCGCCGUUGUCCCUCCUCCUCCUCCUCCUCCUCCACCCGGGAUGAUGCAGCAGCUGUGCAACGGCAGUCUGUGGGCACAGAGACGGAUUUACCGCUGGUUGAGGCACUGCACAGGGUGCGGCGGCGGGCGCGACCUGUCCCUGCUCACCAGGAGGAGGAGACGUCCUCCACCACCACAGAGAGCUCCAACACUGAUGAGCUGUCCCUUGGUGAGGCGGCUACUGGUAGGCAACCCGAGGCUCCAGUCCCCAGCCAGGCCAGCAGCAGCAGCAGCAGCAGCAGCAGCAGUAGUAGCAGCAGCAGCAGCAGCAGCAGCAGUGGCGGUAGUGGAGGUGGAAACAGCAGCAGUAGCAGCAGCAGCAGCAGCCGAGCGACUAAGAAGAAGAACACCAAGACUAAGAGUCCCACCACCAAGACGCCCGGCAGCCGCAGUGCUUCAAUCACUCUCCACCAUGAGGACACUGGCCAUACUGGUGUUGGUGGUGGCUUUGAGUCUGGCACUGCCAAGGCCAAGGGUGGCAAGAAGGGCCGGGAGUCGUGUCGAGGUGGAUCACUGGAUUCCUUCACCCCGGAGAGCUUGGAGCUGCCGUACAACGUUAAGCCGGUGAGGCUCCUGGAGUCUGGCCGGGAUAAGGAGCAGCCGCCCCGCACGUCUCGCACCCUAGCCACCAGCAGCAGUGGCCGCUCCUCCCCCACUGCUGGCUGGGAGGAUCCCCACCAGACAACACAGGAGCAGGACUCCAGCCCUCCUGCCUUCAGCCCCAAGCCUGUCCCAACACAGUCCCAGCCUUUGGCACCCCGUGAGUCCUCCUACUCUGCUAUCCUGCUGGGCACUGACAAGCAGAAGGCCAAGAACACGCCCUUUGCCAAGGUCAGUCCUGAAGUGAAGCGGGUGGAGAAGCCCCUUGGGGUGAUCGGCCAGAAGACCACUAACCCUCAUGGGGCUGGCGGGGCUCUAGGGGCACUACGGGGCAUCUCGGGGCCUGCCGUCACCGUGGCUGCCACCAUGGCAGCUGUCCCCCUCCUCCCAACCCCAGACCACCACCCUGCCCCACCCUUCUCCCCACACUCUCUCAAAGAUGACUACACUCGCAGCCUAUACAGCACGGGGCAUGUGGAGCCCCCAUCUCCCCCCAGCAUCCACUCCUGGGACCCCAAAACCCUCAGUGCACCCCCCGCCCUCAGGCCUCCCCCAGGCCUGCCCCAGCAGGGCCACGACACCAGCCACCGCCACCCAAGCCUACAAGGUGAGGAGGACUGGUCCCGCUAUGAGCACCUGCAGGUGGCCAGCACACUGUGGACUGAGGGGAGUGGAGCGGCAGGCACUGGCUACCACCACCAUCCCCACCACACCCCCCACCCCCACCACCACCCUGAGAGCCCCAGCCCUGCCCCCACCCCCAGUUUGUGGGACUCCCUUUCUAAUAUCUGGUCACCUCCCUUCUGGGGGACAGACCAGGGGCAGAAUCAGCUGGCUUCCCAGCAACACCACCACCAACAGCAGCAACAGCAGCAGCAGCAACAGCAGCAGCAGCAGCAACAACAGCAACAACAGCAGCAGCAGCAGCAGCAGCAGCAACAGCAACAGCAACAGCAGCAGCAGCAGCAGCAGCAGCAGCAGCAGUCUCCAUGGAAUAACUCUCUGCAACAGAGUGUGGCAGCAGGUAAUGACGCCAGCGGUGCCGUCUCUAAAGGCUUGGGGUUCGAUCCAUUCCACUCCGUCGGGAACAUCUGGUCCUCCCCAGCCACACACCCCGCCGACCUGUGGCCGCCACACUCUGCCAAGAAGGAUGUCUGAGCUGCCGCUGCUGCCGCCACCAACACACAGCUUUUGAAUCUUUUAUUGUUUCAAAAUUCUGACAUUUUCCAAGAGCCUGACAUCCAUCAAGCUGCAGGCUCUGAUGGAAAGUAUGUUUUUUUUAUUCUGCAUCACUUAUUUUUGCUGACAGAUGAAGGUUGAAGCGUAGCAUAGGAUGGCCUUUUACUUAACUUUUUGUUGCAAGGAAGUGCGAGUGUGGCCAAGCAAACAUACCGAUUUUUCUUUGCUAAGAUUUUAGGCCUGAGUGGCUGGCUUCACUGCUCUAGCUCACCUACAUAUGGAGGGAAGGAAGAUUCUCUCGCUAAACACUCAUGGAAAGUUUUGUUCAGCGUUUUGGAUUUGAAAAACAGAAGAGGUUUAUAUUUUUUAAUUUAUUUAACUUUUUUGUGCCAUAUUGAGCUAUAGUUUGCUGUCUGAACAGCCACGGCCACCUUAGGACAUUUUAAUCUCAGCAAGUCACUGCUCUUUGUGAUUUCACUGCAUUGAUCAUAAAGUCAACUUUAAGGUUUGCGAAACCUUACUCUGCGACAGAUUACUCACCGCUUCUGAAACUACAAAUAUGCCAAUUUGCCAAACCCACCAGACUGUGAGGGGCUGACUCAGGGUGACUGCAUCAUGCCACUGUGAGGUGGUGUGUGGCCAUGCUGUGUGUCACUGCGGCUGGAGAAAGAACAUCACACCUGUGCUGGCAUACCACAACACACAUUCACACCACACUGGUUACUUCCACACAGUACACUAAUACAUUCACACUGGUUACCUCCACACAGUACACUAAUACAUUCACACUGGUUACUUCCACACAUUACACUAAUACAUUCACACUGGUUACUUCCACACAGUACACUAAUACAUUCACACUGGUUACUUCCACACAGUACACUAAUACAUUCACACAGGUUACCUCCACACAGUACACUAAUACAUUCACACUGGUUACCUCCACACAGUACACUAAUACAUUCACACUGGUUACUUCCAUACAGUACACUAAUACAUUCACACUGGUUACCUCCACACAGUACACUAAUACAUUCACACUGGUUACCUCCACCCAGUACACUAAUACAUUCACACACCACACAACACUGCCCCAUGUGCCACAGUAGUGCAUCACACUGGCAACAUCAUUGCUGCUAUACAUCAUAUUGCAUUACACUGACACACUCCUCCCACACACACACCACCUUAUUCCACCACACACACACUCACUACACACCACAAUAGUCCACUACACACACACACAACCUUAUUCCACCACACAUACUCACCCACACACCACUUUAUUCAACUACACCCACCCACCCUUAUUCCACCACAUACUCAACCACACACCCACAUCUCAUUAUGCAAUAAUAUAUAUAUAUAUAUAUAUAUAUAUAUAUAUAUAUAUAUAUAUAUAUAUAUAUAUAUAUAUAUAUAUAUAUAUAUAUAUAUAUAUAUAUAUAUAUAUAUAUAUAUAUAAACUUUGCCAUCACACUCACACUUGUAGUAUUGCUGGCUCCAAGAAUAAAGGUACCUGUCAUGGCAAGGUGAGGGUGAUAAUCUGGCCUAACCACAUGACAGAUGUUAAUUGAUAUUCCCAAGGUUAGGGUAAUAGAAAUGGGGAAGCUGUUGGCAACACUGCCCGAGACAAAUACAUAAGUUUGUUUCAGGCAGUGUUGCCAACACCACCUCCAUCCUUAUUACUCAGGGGGAUAUUUCCUGCUCUUUUGUGUGGUUAGGCCAGAUAUCACCCCCACUGCCAUGAUGUGCACCAAAUUCUUGGAGCCAACUGUAGUACACUCACACUACCAUCUCACACACAUACAGUAUGUAGUCACUUCAUAUGUUUACACACUAAUACAACACACUUCCACCACACAUCGCCUUUACUACCACCAUGAUACAUUUGCUAUCACCAUCAUAGCACAGCAUCAACUCAUCCACUUUACAACUAUCACACCACAUUAUCACUACACCACACACCAUCGUCACACUUAUAUAUCACCAUUUCUUUUACAUUGCAGUCAUCUCCACACACAUCUAUUUACAUAUUUAUAUAUAUAUAUAUAUAUAUAUAUAUAUAUAUAUAUAUAUAUAUAUAUAUAUAUAUAUAUAUAUAUAUAUAUUGUACAGGUGAACUGAGAUUGGUGAUAUGGAAACAGUUUGCAAAAUAAAAAAAAAAGUUUGCAAAAUAAAUAAAAAAUGUAAUUUUGGAUGAAUUGGAUAUUUAAAUUCAAUGAGUUUCUAAGAUUGUUAUUUCUUACUAAUGCAAAAUUCUGCACUUGAAAAUUACGGCAGGAAAAUCAUAUAAGAUCGCAUAACUUAUGUGAGACUUAACUGCACACUAUAUAGAAGGUUUAUUUUUAAUUCAAUGUAUUUUCAUUAAUUUUAAAUUUUUGUAAAUGCAAAUUCUGCAUUUAAAAAUUAGGGGACUCAGGACAAAAUUAUUCCUAACUUAUGAGAUUCACUUGUACAGUGUUUGUUACCAACUUCACCACACCCAUCACCAUUAUACAUCACUGAGCCAGCACACACUGCACCAUGGUACCCUGCGCAACUUGCUUUACAGCUUCACACACACCAUAUCAUUUGCUCUGUACCACAUUAAUACACACUCACAGCACAAAACAACAUUCACCCAGCCCCAUGACCGGCUUAGUGUUGGGAGGCUCUCAAGGUCACAAAUUCGAGUUGUAUCCUGGUAAUGUUAAAAGAGAGUAGAGAAGAAACUCCAUCUGAGACACCGCCAGACAUGCGCACCCUCUCCACUUCAUACUAAGAAGCCCGGCUGACCUCACACCGUCCUCACAUUGACUUAGUAUUGACACCAUGUGGAAUUACAGUAUUAGAGAGAGAGAGAGAGAGAGAGAGAGAGAGAGAGAGAGAGAGAGAGAGAGAGAGAAAUUCUGGUGGGUUAUUUUAAGACUUUGACUCCAAACCAUCGCCUUGACCUGAUGUUUAUGGCAAGAACAGUAUUGACCUACUCAGUAUUUGGAAUGAACAUGAUGAUACUCACUCACUGACGUCUUACGCCAUUUUUUUUGCUCUGCCCAGCGUGAAGGCUACUCUGUGGCCUAGUAGAAGGGCAUCAUAAAGCGUGUUUUUGAUGGACAAAUAAAGAGCCCUGAGACCUAAA